AUGGGCACUCCAGCAGAUAUAAACUGGGGAGAAAGAGAACCAAGACGGCCAAUAAGCAAAUCACAUCCCUAUGAGUUCUUCAGCUUCUCCAAUCCAAAGAAAAGAAAAGCAGAUGAUCAAAUAUUCAAACCAAGCGCUAUGAUAGACCAUGAAAGGUUUCUUCCUGUAAAGAAGCCGCAGAAUGCCCAGCCGCAAGCAUCAAUGCACCAUGAAAAGCUGCUUAAAAUUAAUUUAAUACUGCAGGCGUAUCUUAGCCUUAUACUAAAUGUGUUUAUUGUAGGUUUAAUGAUACUAUUAGUAGUAAAAGGAGUGGUUAUGAUAAAAAAUGACAUAGAAGUACGGGUGAACACAUCUAUCAUGGACCAGAAAACAAGAAUAUCAGACUGUGCCAGGGAGUACAGGAUAAAUCGGUGUAACCCAGAAGACAGGGUUCCUGCAGUAGAAAAGCAGUGCCAGGAGUGGGAGAAGUGCAUGGCGCAGGACCCAAUCAAGCAGGAGCUAAGUAAGAUUGUUCUCCGCAUGCUAAGUGAAGGUGCAGAGGAAUUGAUGGGCUCACUUUCAGUAAGAACUGUAGCACUUGCUACUGUUGCACUUGUUAUAGUCCUUAAAUACCGUAAAUAACCCGAAAGCACCCAACCACACAGGGAUGUAUAAUUAAAUAGAACAUCAUAAUAAAG